AUGGCCAAAUAUAACGAGUUUUGUGCUCUAGUUGCUACUGAAUGUCCUUCAAUUAUUAUGUUGAGUGAAACUUGGCUGACUUCCUCGAUACCUAGUGGGAUGGCCUUUUUAAAUGGUUACACGUUAUUUAGAAAGGACCGAGCUGAGAGAAAGGGUGGUGGUGUUUGUAUUUACGUACUGGAUCAAAUACUCGCUGACUUCGUGGUGAUUCCUUUGGAUGCAGACACGGGAGGCAUUGAAUCCAUGUUCUUAAAAUUUUAUAACAAGUCUUCCACUUUCGUUCUAGCUUGUAUCUACAGACCUUCUACGUCAUCGUUACACGAUAGUAGGUUUCUGUUUGACUCAAUUUUUAACAUUACCAACACCUAUGUAAACACAUUCUUCUUUGGUGACUUUAACCUAAGUGAACUAAAAUGGCCUUUAGAUAAUCGUCUGUCAUUCCGCGAUUCUGCCCAACUUCUGGUAAACUUACUUAAUGACAGCCGCCUAAGACAGCUUGUAACCAAGCCUACAAGAUACAGAACUGGUCAAAGUCCAUCCACCCUCGACCUCAUUUUAUCUUCUGACAACACGUCACUAUCCAAUCUAGAUUAUCUCCCUCCUAUUGGCAUCUCAGACCACGUGACAUUAAAGGUGGAUUUGCAGAUAUGCUCUAUACCCUCUAAAAAGAGGAUUGACACAUUUAAGAGGUCAAUUACAGAUUAUAAAGCUAUAUGCAGGUGUUUAAAUAAGGUCGACUGGAAUAAUUUAUUGAGUGACCCUUCAGUCUCUAACAACUGGAACUCGUUUAAAAAUGUUAUUAAUGUUCAGAUAGAACAACACACAACCACCUCUUUCGUUAAACGUUCUUCUAAAAAGCCCUGGAUCAACAACUCUAUCCUAAAAUUAAUUAAAAAAAAACGAGCUCUAUGGCGUGCAUUCAAAAGAGCAGGUCUCGAGGCUGAUUAUAAGAGACAUAGGUCUUUCUCAAAUCGGUUGUCAACUAUAAUUAUAGAAGCCAGAAUAACCUAUGAGAAAUCUAUAGCUGAUAGUAAAGACACUAAGCGGUUGUACAAACACAUUCGAACUCAAUUAUCCGGCCCAGUUGGAACUAAUUUACGGAUAAAAGAUGACACGGGUACAGUGGUUAAUAGUGAUAUUGAGGUAGCCGACUUAUUUGCCAAAUCUUUUUUAAAAAAUUUUCGUACAAGAACCGCCCAAUGA